CAAGGAAGAGAGAGAGAGAGAGAGAGAGAGUUCUUAGCAGGAGUCGCGUGUCCGCUGACGGUGGGGGUUGGAGUCAGCAUGGCGGAGCCCGGAGAAGGGGAAGAGGUAGAGCCGGCGUCCGAAGCGCUGUUGCUCAUGACCGGCGGCGAUGGGGAAGAGGAUACAGAGGAGAUCGUGGAAGUGGUGGAUCUCGAGCCGCCCGGACCGGAUGAUCUGGCUGAUGAAAUAGAAGAUGUGGAUUUAGACGAAGAUGCUGCUUGGGAGGAAGAUGAAGGGGUGGAAGAAGGCAUGGAGGCCCAUGAUGACAGUGAAGUCACAUUCUCUAAGCAUACAGCUUCAGUUUUCUGUGUCAGUCUUGACCCAAAAACCAACACACUUGCUGUGACAGGUGGUGAAGAUGACAAGGCCUUUGUGUGGCGUGUUAGUGAUGGCGAGCUCCUUUUUGAGUGUACAGGUCACAAAGAUUCUGUCACUUGUGUUGGUUUUAGUUAUGACUCCACUUUCGUGGUCACGGGUGACAUGGGUGGAUUCAUUAAAGUCUGGAGAGUCGAUGCCAAAGAAGAGAUUUGGUCUUUUGAAGUGGGUGACUUGGAGUGGACAGAAUGGCACCCCCAGGCCCCUGUCCUUCUGGCUGGCACAGCUGAUGGCAACUGCUGGAUGUGGAAGAUCCCUAGUGGAGAAUGCAAAACCUUUCAAGGGCCAAAUUGUCCGGCUACAUGUGGCUGUGUCCUUCCCGAUGGGAGAAGGGCUGUUGUUGGCUAUGAAGAUGGAACAGUGCGCAUCUGGGACUUGAAGCAGGGCAACUCACUGCAUGUUCUGAAAGGUAAUGAGGGGCACCAGGGCCCUUUAACGUGUGUGGCAAGCCAGAAGGAUGGCAGUCUAAUCCUGACAGGUUCUGUUGACUGCCAUGCCAAGCUGAUAAAUUCUGCAACUGGAAAGGUGGUGUCCGUUUUCAAGGCAGAGAGCAAGCCUGCAGCUGAGGAGGAGCCAGAAUUCAACUCAGUGGAGUCCCUGGGCUUCUGCAAUGUGAUGCCACUGGCAGCUAUUGGCUAUUUGGAUGGGACCUUGGCUAUUUAUGACCUUGCCACGCAGACUCUGAGACAUAAGUGCCAGCAUGAGUCAGGUAUCGUGCAGCUCCUUUGGGAGGAAAGUUCACCUGUGGUCUACACUUGCAGUCUGGACAGUGCUGUGAGGCUCUGGGACGCCCGCUCGGGAAAGCUCAUUAGCGAGUACAGAGGCCACUCGGCUGAAAUUUUAGACUUUGCUUUGAACAAAGAUGCUUCCCUUGUGGUUACUACUUCUAGUGAUCGCCAGGCCAAGGUGUUUUGUGUGCAGCAACCUGACCGCUAGCAUUUAGGUGACUGGGCACUGCAAGGAAGUGUGCCAUGUGACUGACGGCAGAUACACCCAAGAAACUAUCGCAGGGCGGAUGGGGUUAGCCUAAAAACAUCCUGCAGGGAGACAACUAAACAUUUUAUGAUCCCCUUUAUUUUGAAAAGAAAGCUUUGCCACCCUAUCACCAAUUGAUUGUUGGCGUUUUCUAUAAGAGGCUUUAAGUAUUUACAUCCUUGGUGCUUCAUACAUAAAGCCAUGAGAAAACCCAAGUGGGUGGAGCCUGAUUCAGGAUCUGGGCAGUGGUAGGUACUUCUCCCGGGUUCAAAGAGGCCCCAUUGCACAUAAUUUCUGAAGACGUGUUCAUGGAGGUCAGGGGUAUCACCUUCUAUGUUCCUCCUCUUAAGAUGGGGCAAAUGGACUAUUACUCAGCCUCUGAAAUGACAAUAAGGCUCAUCCUUCCCUUGGUCAUCUUGAGCUUGUGCUUCCCCUUCCAGCAAAUCAUGUGGAUUUGUUCAAAGCUAAUCAAAUGAUGUUCCUGAGAUGAUGCACAGGCUUUGGAACUCUGGUGGAGACUGAGCAGAUCAUCCUGGACUUGAAUAUGUGGAUCUCUCAGUGACAAUAACAAGACAGCACGUUUUUACAUCACUAGACGUUAUGACAAAA